UCAUUGACCAACCCCCUUCAGACCAGGUGCAGUCGUGGCCUACCAUGUGCCCAGUGUACGAGGGUAAAGGCGUCGUGCUCUUAUGAGCAAGGCCAAAAGACCAAACCAAAAAGGCAACGUGUGAGAGUCUCGGACAACCUAGAAACCAACAUCAGCCACAUCAUGGCUCGUCUAGAUAAGCUUACUGAGAUCGUGACUGAAAUGCGUUCGCAAGUGGAUGAAAUCUUGAAAACGUCACAGAAAUCGACACCAAAUAUUGGUUGCCCAUCAACGAAUACAUCACCAAACACGGCAUCGGUCCCGCAUCUCGAAGCAGAAGAAAGCAUGGAUCCUUUGGCCGAUUCUCCUAAGACGGAGUAUGAAGGCGAGUCUUCCUUAUUUGGGCACGCCCAAUUUGCCGCUACGUUUCUUCAAAAUGCGAUAGGCGGAAACUCAGCUUCUGAAGUGGGAGGCGAGAUGACUUUAGUCCUGGAAACCUUGCAUGAUAUCGUCAAGUCGCAAAAACAAAAAUCGGACUCCUUGGGUAGUGUUUUCCCUCAUGCAAGGUUACUUCCUUCUAGUUCCGAUCUUCGGGAUCUUCCUCUUCCCCCAAUGGACAAAAUAUUCGGCUGUCUGCGAAUGGCUCAGGAGGAUCGCUUCGUUCUCGGAAUGUGGAUAUACGAGUUUCAAACUUUGGACCAGUUCACACACUACGUGAUUCGGAUGUGUUCCCCAGGCCCGCCAACUGAACUCGAACAAAUAAUUGUCUUUGCUGGCCUGUUCUGGCUUUUUUGUGAGUGCUCGAGCUUAGUCGAAGAUGCUAACGUGAAGAAAGACUACGAGGAGCAAGCGUUCCUGUGCCGAGACAACCUCGAGACUGUUCUGCUAAACAUUCGCUUCCACGUUGGUUCAAACAUGGACCUUGUAUAUGCCAUGAGCAUGGCCGCAACAUACUGCUUGCAAAUCUCAAAAAUAUCGAUGGCUUGGAUGUUUAUUUGCACCGCUGUCCACAGCGCGCAAACCCUUGGAUACCACAGUGCUGUUCCUCUUCAGCCUGAGUCAAACGAAAAGAAAAGCCAGACCACCUGGUUAUUCUGGGCCAUCUAUUCAACCGAGAGACUACUGGCUUUACGUAUCGGGCGAUCAUCAAACGUCCGAGACCAGGAUAUAACCAUCCCGCCCGUGCAAGCAAGCAAUAACUGCGAUACUUAUCUUCGUGCAGUUUUCCCAACAUGGAUAAAAACUGCACAAAUUCAAGGGAGUCUCUAUGAUGAUCUGUAUAGCCCCGGUAGUCUUUCGAAGCCGGAGCACAGCCGUGUGUCGCGAGCAUAUGAGUUGGCGGCAGAGAUAAAAAAGGUCAUGGAAAUUGAGGCUGAAGUGCAGCGGAGGUUUAUUGAAGCCUGGGGACCGAAUAAACAACGCGGCCCCAAUUCGCUGAUUUGGAAAAUCGACCGCGUUAUCAACUUGUCUACACUGACGCUUGUGUACCGCAGCAUCAAGCCAAAUGUCCUCGGACGAAGCGUAUCGGGCGAGUGUCUUGAGGUCGCUAGAGCUGCCAUGUCUGAGUUGAGCACGACGCUGGUCUUAUUCAGCAGAGAAGCCAAGAACUCAAUUGGCGCGAGCCUUCAUGUCAACUGGUCACUUGUCCAGGCCCCUUUUGUGCCAUUCAUCACUCUCUUCUGUCACGUCAUAGAGACAUCUGAAGCCUCCGACCUCGAGUAUUUGCAGGAUUGUAUUGACAGCAUAGAAUCGAUGGUUGAAUGCGUCGUGGAUGCUGCACCGAAAAAUUAUCUCCGUCUGUUUAGGGCGUUGUACGAUGCUGCCGUCAGAUACCUUGACGCGAGGUCCAAAUCAGACCAGACAUCAGGCCAAACAGACCUGUCUCAACCGUGGGCUUCUGAGAAUUCCAUGAAUUCUGCAACAGUGACACAAAGUUCUGAGAUCGUCCCCUUCACCCUACCCCAGUUUCCCCACCCUGACUCUGGCGACUACAACCAGGCGCCAAGUAGCAUGGCUGCUACAAGCACUCUCGAGUCUCAAGAACAACUCUCCCUUGGUCUCUUUGGAGCAGGCGUGGACCCUCAGAGUUCAAACCUUGGAAGCUGGUAUUACAAUCAUCACCAGCUGAUGCGGAUGUUGGAUAAUAUG